UAAUAAUAAGAAGAAAAGCAAAAGAACCGCACAACGCUAAAAAGUAUCUGACAGAUACUUCUCUCCGAAAGGUAGAGAAGGCUCACUGUGAUUUUGGCUGCUGUUGCUGCUGCCCUUCCUUCUGCAUUCUUUUUGCUUGUUUAUUUAUUUUGUGUGUGUUGUUGUUGUUGUUGUUGUUGCUUCACUUGUUGUGUUGCCAGCCAAAAAGUAGCCGCCACAGUCGCCGCGCAGCUGCAUGUAGUAUGCCAUAGAUACAGAUACAGAUACAGCCUGUGCCUGUGCCUGUGUGCCUUGUGCGGAAAACGAAAACCUGUUCGCCCGGGCGUGUUUUCUGUGCUGUGCCUGUAUACGAAAUUAUUCAAAUAAGAAAAUCGUUGUUGUUGUAGUAGUCGUCGUCGUUGCAGUUGUCGCCUCGUUGCCCGCCUCAUUCCUCGUCCUUACCAAAAAAGAAAAAGGAGGAACAAAACAGAACCAAAGACUUAUCGAUAGCCUUUGCGACCAUUUGAAAUCGGCCACCAAAGCCAAAACCAACAAAAAUAAACCCGUUUAGUGAUUCUCUCUCGGGCCACACAAAUGUACAACAACGAUGGCCACAUUGGGCCUGUCAAAAGUUUUCAUACUGGAUAAAUAUUUCACAGAAUUGCAAAAAUUUUGGGAGACGGAGAAGAAGCUGCAGGAUGCUUCAUCAUCCAAUGAGGCAGUGCAUCUGCAGCAGCGCCUUAAGAGUCUUAGCACUGAGCUGGUCACAUUGCGCAAUCGUUUGCAUGUGGGCCAGGGUCAAGGUCAGGUAAAUGGUGGCCAAUCACAUGCGUCGCCAGGUGCAUCUGGUCCAGGCGGUGUUAACUCUGGCCCAAAAGCCACCAAUUUCGACUUGAAUGCAUCCAGUCCGAAUUUAAAUAUUAGUUCUGGAACAGUUGGUGGCCUCUCAGCCAGUGCAUUGCAACAACAUGCCAAUGGCCAACAUACUUUGCCCAAGCCCACUCACAACUUUGGCCAAACUUUGGGGACAAAUUCUGGCAGCCCAGGAGCUGUGGUUCCAGCUCGCAAUACAUCAAUUCCACAUCCUUUGCCACAUCAAUUGAGUGAAAAGAAUUCCUUUCAGACCAGCAAUGGUCAUGGCUUAAACGGAGCCAACAACAAUUCAAGUGCCACAUUGCCACAUGCCGGCAGUUUGGGUAACAUUUUAGCCCACAAUUCUACAUCCAAUCAUGGUCAAGCCAAUAGCCAUACAUUGCCGCUGCGUUCCAGCAAUUCGGGUGUUGGAUUUGGUUCAGUGGCCGCCACUCAACAGUCCAAUCAACAUCAUCAUCAUCAUCACAAUCAUCAUCAUCAUUCCCAACAGCUGCCAUUUAUACCCGUGCCGAAACCAGCUAAUCCCUGCAAUAGCGUCAAGACAUUACCCUUUGGCUUUGGAUUUGCCGACACCAUUCAUCAGAAGCACCAUCAAGAGAUCAGUGUUACCUCCAAAUUGCCCCAGGACAUGCAGGAUCUAAUCCAUUUAACUGGUCCACUCACCGAACAUGCCGUUAUGCGUACACUUCAGGCGCGCUUCAACGAGCAGCGUUACUUUACAAAUGUCGGUGGGAUUCUGCUCUCGAUAAAUCCUUAUCUGGAUGUUGGAAAUCCAUUGACACUCACCUCGACUCGUGCCAUGCCGUUGGCACCACAAUUGCAAAAGAUCGUUCAGGAGGCAGUACGUCAACAGAGUGAGACUGGCUAUCCACAGGCCAUUAUAUUGUCUGGUACAUCGGGAGCUGGAAAGACAGCCAAUGCCAUGUUGAUGCUGCGUCAAUUGUUUGCCAUUGCCGGCGGUGGUCCAGAGACUGAUGCAUUUAAGCACUUGGCAGCCGCUUUUACGGUACUUCGUUCAUUGGGUUCCGCUAAGACCACCACAAAUUCGGAAUCCAGUCGCAUUGGCCAGUUCAUUGAGGUGCAGGUUACCGAUGGUGCUCUUUAUCGUACAAAGAUACAUUGUUACUUUUUGGAUCAAACACGUGUCAUACGUCCUCUGCCGAAGGAGAAGAACUAUCACAUUUUCUAUCAACUUCUGGCUGGCCUGAAUCGAGAAGAGCGUCAGAAAUUACAUUUGGAGGGUUAUUCGCCAGCAAAUCUGCGCUAUUUACGUGGUGAUACUGGCCAAAAUGAAGUGGAGGAUGCUGCUCGUUUUCAGGCCUGGAAAACUUGCCUUGGUAUAUUGGGUAUACCUUUUCUGGAUGUUGUUAGAGUUUUGGCUGCUGUGCUUUUACUGGGAAAUGUUCAAUUCAUCGAUGGUGGGGGUCUGGAAGUGGAUGUCAAAGGUGAAACGGAACUAAAUUCGGUGGCAAGCCUUUUGGGAGUACCGCCAGCAGCUCUUUUCCGGGGACUGACCACGCGCACUCAUAAUGUACGAGGCCAAUUGGUGAAAUCGGUGUGCGGCGAUGGGGAUGCAAAUAUGACCAGAGAUUGCUUGGCCAAGGCUCUCUAUUGCCGCACAGUGGCCACAAUAGUGCGACGAGCGAAUAGCCUAAAACGUCUGGGAUCCACAUUGGGCACUCUCAGUUCGGAUUCGAAUGAGUCGGUGCAUAAUCAGGCGGAUGCGGCCUCACAGCAUGCCUCGACCAUAGGAGGCGGCAAUGCUGGUUCCAAAUCGAUGGCAGCUCUGAAUAAUGCAGUACGACAUGCAACUGAUGGAUUUAUUGGCAUAUUGGAUAUGUUUGGAUUCGAGGAACCCUCACCGCAUGCCCAACUGGAGCAUCUGUGCAUCAAUCUGUGCGCCGAGACAAUGCAACAUUUCUAUAAUACGCAUAUUUUCAAAUCCUCCGUGGAAUCGUGUCGUGAUGAGGGAAUCGUUUGUGACACUGAGGUGGACUAUGUGGACAAUGUGCCGUGCAUAGAUUUGAUUUCCUCCCUGCGUACUGGCCUCCUCAGCAUGCUAGAUGCUGAGUGUUCGGUCCGUGGGACAGCCGAAAGUUAUGUGACUAAGCUAAAGGUUCAGCAUCGUUGCUCCACUCGUUUGGAGACAAAACUCACAGCGGAACCCCACGAUCCACGCAUGUUUCUGAUACGUCACUUUGCCGGCAGAGUGGAAUAUGAUACUACGGACUUUUUGGAUACCAAUCGAGAUGUGGUGCCGGAUGAUUUGGUUGCUGUGUUCUACAAGCACACCUGUAACUUUGGAUUUGCCACUCAUCUGUUUGGCUCUGAACUGAAGGCUCUGUAUGCCCAGCAACAGGCGCCACGAGGACUCAGUUUUCGUAUAUCACCCACCUCGCAUUCGGAUCUGCUGAAUGGCGAUGAGCCAGUGUCCACAUUAACUCAAGAUUUUCACACUCGUCUGGAUAAUCUACUAAGGACUUUGGUUCAUGCCAGGCCGCAUUUUGUACGCUGUAUACGGAGCAAUGGAGCCGAACAGCCAGGAACAUUCGAUCGUGCAACUGUGGUGCGUCAAAUACGAUCCCUGCAGGUACUGGAGACGGUCAACCUAAUGGCGUCGGGAUUUCCACAUCGAAUGCGUUUCAAGCAAUUCAAUGCUCGUUAUCGAAUGUUGGCACCAUUCCGUUUACUUCGUAGGAGUGAGGAUAAAGCUUUGGACGAUUGUCAGCUUAUAUUGCAAUACGCCAUGGAAGAGACACCUGUGUUGGAUGGUUCAGUAACCUUGGCCUGGGCACCGGGAAAACGUCAUGUGUUCCUUAGCGAGGGCAUACGUCAGCAUUUGGAGCAUUUGAGAACUGAGAUACGACACAAGAGUGCCAUUCUAAUGCAGGCCACAUGGCGUGGUUGGUGGUGGCGCAAGAAAAUGGGCACCAACAAGGUGAAACGUUUACGUGGCGCCCAACCUGGUCCAUUGCCUUUGGUGACCAAACCGAAUCACAAUUCCCACAAUACGUCAAGCAAAACUGUCAAUUCCAAUACAAUGGCUGCUUUGGCAGCUGUGGCUGCAGCUGCUCCCAAUGCAGUUCCUCGUCUCUCCGCCAAGUCUACAAAUCUGGGCACAAAUCUAGGUGUAACCAGACCAAGACCACAACCCAUUGCUGGAACUCCUCCACCAGAUCCAAAUGAGAAAUGUGACCAGAAGAUAAUACAACAGACUUGUAGUCUCUUUGGCUUAGAUUUGGAACGUCCACCACCUGUGCCACAAUCGCGAGCCUAUACCAUUUCGGGUAACUCGAAACUUGGCUAUCCACAAAGUCGCAUUAUGAAAAUGAAUUUUCCGGAAGAUGCACCUAGCAGUCCAGCAGCGGCAGCAGCACCAACAACAAUUGUCAACCAAUCGCAAUCCCAGCUGGAGACACAGCAACUGAAGAAGGGUGAAACUGUAACCGUUGUCGGUGCCUCGAGUGGUCGUGGCCAUUUGAUUGUGGAGCACAAAGGUCAAAGUUAUCAUGUACCCUUUCAAUAUAUGGAACUGGUGCCCAUGGGGAGCAAUAACAAUCGCAAUUCCACCUCAGCUUCUGCUAAUGCCAAUGGCCAGACGAAUGGUGUUAAGAUAUAAACAACAUGAGUGAAGACUGUACAUAGUUUCUUUUUUUUCGAUUAGACAUUUAAGUUUCGGUUUUAACUUUAAUGUUUGCUACUAAAAGUAGAUGUAUUUAGAUCGAGGUGCUAAAAGGCUUCGUUCACAUUUUGUAGUAUUAUUUAGUAGGUUGUAUUUAGUUGGUUCAAAUGCAUAAUAAUUCAUCCCUCAAGUGCCAAUCAUAUCAGUUCUUCCAUAAACACAAACAGAUUAUAAAUUAUGUAAUAUAUCUACAUUUUAUUUUAU